UUUAAGGGCAGGCGGUUCUCUGCGACCCCGGUUUCGUUUCCAUUCUGUACAUAUAUAUUCAGUGGUGAUAUGGCUGAUGUUUUAAAUAUAUAUCAAAGAAAAUAAUUAUUUUUAAACGAAUUCUUUGUUUUUUCAAAUGAAAAUAAUUUUCUUGAAAUGGUUAAAACUCAACUGUGCUUUUCUAAUGUCAUUUUACUAAUGUGACUUAUUUUGUAUGUACGUGCAGUCGUACACCGUACAGUUGGAGUUGAGCAUUUUUCAGAAUCAACGGUUACAAGAAGUUAACUAACUGAACUUGCUUAAUUUCUAACUUUAUUAUGUAGGAAAGUUUGGAAACAAAUUCAGUUACUAAUCUACUUAGCUUUUAUAUAGGCUUUGCAACAACAUGAAUUCAGAUUCACAUAAUGAAGGUGACUACCAAGAAGAUGAUGAAGUUCGAACAACAAACCACUCUGGACCGAAGAAAAGCAACGUGCUGCCAUUGUGGGGCAACGAGCGCACCAUGAACUUGAAUCCGCUCAUUCUCACCAAUAUUCAGUCGUCUCAUUAUUUCAAAGGUACCUACAGGCCUAUACUAAGUUCAUAAACAUGCUUAUCAAGGCGGUUAUUUUUCAUACAUUUAAAUUUAUGCUGAGUUAUUGAGCUGAAACGAAAUUGUGUAUCUAUAAUGUUUCAUAAUUUUGCGUUUCUGUUCCUUAAAUCAAGUUUUCCUGAUAUGUUUCAAUUUCAGUAUAAGUUGUAGAUGGUUCAGUCACAAGAAAAAGCUCGAAAAUGCAGUGGUCGCAUGGAAACUGUACUCAGCUCUUUCCCGUGACUGACCCAGAAUAGGCCUAUCUGGUAUAUUAUAUUAAUAUAUUGUAUAUAUUAUAUAUUGUAUAUAUUCAAAAAAUUGUAUAUUUUAAUAUAAUUCUGUUUUUUUUU